GCCGGUUAUUGCUGCACUUCCGGGAUCCUCCGACACACAGCGCCACAGGGAGGAGGAGGGUCACCUACCGGCUGUGUGGCACCAUGGCAGAUCCCAACAAGCCCCAGAGGAGGAUGUCGCGGACUGGAAUCUCGCUGUACCAGAUGUUGGGGCUGGAGAAAGGCGCCUCCCAGGAUGAGAUAAAGAAGGCGUAUCGGAAGCUCGCCCUGCGCUAUCACCCGGACAAAAACCCCGACAACCCCGAGGCGGCCGAGAAGUUCAAGGAAAUCAACAACGCCAAUACCAUCCUGAGCGACGACAACAAGCGCAAGAUCUACGAUGAGUACGGCUCCAUGGGGCUCUACGUGGCCGAGCAGUUCGGAGAAGAGAGCGUGAAGUACUACUUCCUCAUGUCCAAGUGCUGGUUCAAGGGUCUGGUCAUCUGCUGCACCUUGGUGACAUGCUGCUGCUGUUGCUGCUGUUGCGGGUUUUGCUGCGGCCGCUGUAAAGCUCCGGAGGAAGACGAGUCUUAUAAGUGUGUGAAUCCAGAAGACUUGGAAGCUCAGAUCAGAGCGGAGAACGGGGAAGAGGUUAUCAACAUGCAGCCGUCUGCCGGGCCUGCGGUGCAGCCCGAGUCACAGAAGUACAACUCCUAAUACUGUCCUUGGACCCCCCCCGCGGUCACCUGGAUAGCCGCUGUAUUGGACGGGAUCCCUUUCUCGUCAUUUCCGGAGACGUCCGACUUGGAGCUCCUGAGGAGAAG